GGAUACACGUCAUAUAAGCAAGCGCCCCCACCGCGCUACGCGCCCGCCGUCAACGCUCACGGGCCCUGCUGCUGCGAGCGGCGCUUGCGCUGGCGCAUGAACUUCAUCUUGCGGCGCGCCUCGGCGACCUUGCGCUUCUUCUUCUCGCGGGCGUCCUCGUGGAAGCGCUUGUGUCUCAGGGUCCGGAGGUGGCCCGAUUUGUUGACCUCUCUCCGCAGGCGCAUGAUGACCGAGUCUACACUUUCGCCGGAGCGCGUGUUGAUCUUGAUCGACUGCAGGGGCGCGGCGCGCGGCGCGGAAGUGCGCGCCGGCUGGAAGGCUGAAGCAGUCCCAGCGAGUGCCCCGACGAUUAAUGCUGCUACGCGGCGCAUCGUCGUCGCGUUUUUCGUAUCGCGUUGCUGGCGUCGAGCUGUGCUCUUUGCUGAGCAAGCGUGUGUGCCACGGGGGUGCUUAGAGGCCCGCUGCGGCACUGCAAUUGGCUCCGCCGUCACA